CAAGAUCGUAACACACAUCGUUUUAUUCGACGUUAACGUCUUAUUUCUUGGUUCGUGCGUGAAAUAUUUAUUUUAAAAAAGACCAAGCUUGCAGAGUGUGGGAGCAUCAACAGCAGCGGUUGCUAGCUAAAAUUUUGUUGAUUCAUCUCCGUUUGUAUCACAGUUUAGCUAAAGAUGAGCCUUUUUUCAGUCGAAAACCCGAACAACAUGAGCUCAUUUAGAGUUUAACAUCAACCUUAGACAGUGUUUAGUUGGUUACGUUAAUUAUCAAGCGGUUGGACAAACAUUAGCUGUCUCGGUUUUGUCUCUUUCACUUUCACAACCAGCCGCAGAUGAACAAGAUAUUGUCCGACAAGUUUGACUGCAGUCUCCAAACAUGUCCCGUCGAUAUGAUUCAAGAACUACCAUCUUCUCACCAGAGGGGCGUCUGUAUCAGGUUGAAUAUGCCAUGGAGGCCAUCGGCCACGCCGGCACCUGCCUCGGGAUUUUAGCCAAUGAUGGCGUGCUGCUGGCAGCUGAGAGGAGGAACAUUCACAAGCUGCUGGACGAAGUGUUUUUCUCAGAGAAAAUCUACAAGCUGAAUGAAGACAUGGCGUGCAGCGUGGCGGGAAUCACAUCAGAUGCCAACGUAUUGACAAAUGAGCUGAGGCUUAUAGCACAGAGGUACCUGCUGCAGUACCAGGAGCCGAUCCCCUGCGAGCAGCUGGUCACUGCUUUGUGUGACAUUAAACAGGCCUACACUCAGUUUGGAGGAAAGCGACCGUUUGGAGUCUCGCUGCUCUACAUGGGCUGGGAUAAACACUAUGGCUUCCAGCUUUACCAGAGCGACCCCAGCGGAAACUACGGAGGCUGGAAGGCCACCUGCAUAGGGAACAACAGUGCUGCGGCUGUUUCCAUGCUGAAGCAGGACUUCAAGGAGGGGGAGAUGACACUUUCCACCGCCCUCGCUCUUGCCAUUAAAGUUCUCAAUAAAACCAUGGAUGUCAGCAAACUGUCUGCAGAGAAAGUGGAAAUCGCCACUCUGACCCGCGAGAACGGUAAAACCUGCAUCAAAGUGCUGAAGUUGAAGGAAGUCGAGGAGCUGAUCAAGAAGCACGAAGCCGAAGAGGCCAAAGCCGAGAAAGACAAGAAAGAGAAGGAGCAGAAAGAGAAGGACAAGUAGAGACGCUGUCCUACACUUUGUCAGAGUUUUGUGUGUGAGACUGAAUGUACGUUUUCAGGUGUGUUUGAAUUUGUGUUGUUUAUUAAAAUAAAUCC